CAGGCUGGCCUCCCACACACACACACCCUCUCACUUUCCGAAAGGAUUCCGUGCAGAGCCGCAGCGCCACGCAGCUGCACUGCACACAGCCCCCUGCUGAUGUCACAUAUUUGCACACUGGUUUCCUCCACCCUCCCGCCCGCCAACACGCCAAGAAACUGGAUAAAGAAAGUAACCAUGCUAUAGCAGAGCGAGGGGGAAGGAACCCUGCUUAGGCAGAUAAAGUUUCUGCUGAGAACGAAGGCGACGAGACGCUAUCUAAAGAGAUGCUACGUGUGUCGGGGGUGGGUGGGAGACAAGCAGAUUCUGUAGUUUACAGUUGGAGGGUGUGAGCAGCAGUUUCCUGCGGCAGUCUGACUCCGAGUGCCUGCAACUUCAGAUCCAGGGUGGUCAAAAAGGGAGAGCUCCGCCACCCGGUUACCGGCAUCACUUCCCCACCAUUUCCUUACCUCCCCCCCCACCUCGGAUCAAUGCAGCUUCAAUUCUCACCAACCAUUAACUUCCCGCAGAUGACGACCUGUUUGAAGUUCUGGUGUGAGGAUCUGCGCACAGAGUAAAUACCGGACCUGGAACCAAUUGCAAAAGCGCCGCUCAGUUGGUUUGUUUCUUCGAAGGGUACUUGGCCGGGCUAUCGCUAAGGAUGGAUUGGAACCGAUGCGUGUUCCUCGCCCUGAUGUGGAUUCGUUUUUGCAUUCCCACCGCCUGUCUCAGUCUGGUAGUCGGACCUCCAACCGACUCUAACGUCGAGGGUUACUCGGAUCCAAAACCGGGAGAUCCGGACAGCCUUGCAGAGAACUGCACUACAUUGAGCCCAGCGUGCCUAAAUGAGGAUGAUCGACACUGUCUUGAAGCUAUUCGAAUGAUACACAAACAGAUGGAUGAUGACAAUGAUGGAGAUGUUGAUGUAGAGGAGAGUCACGAGUUCAUUAAAGAAGAUAUGAAAGACAAAGAUCCUACCAGUAAAGGCAAUAAAUUCCAUAAAGAAGACAAGCACAUCACAGUGAGAGAUUUGUGGAACCACUGGAAAAACUCAAAAGUAUACAAUUGGACAGUGGAUGAAACGACGGAUUGGUUAAUUAAUUUUGUGGAAUUGCCACAAUACGCCAAGGUUUUCCAGGAAAACAACAUUCGAGGAGUUGGCCUACCCAGGUUGGCGGUGAACGAGAUUCCUUUUAUGAUCUCAAAUUUGAAAAUCACUGACCGGAGUCACCGGCAAAAGAUACAACUCAAGGCAUUGGACGCGGUGUUAUUUGGAGCUCCAAUACGUCCUCGCCACAAUUGGCUGAAGGAUUUUAUUCUUGCGGUUUCCAUGGUUGUUGGUAUUGGUGGCUGUUGGUUUGCCUACACACAAAACAGAAACUCUAAGGAACAUGUUGCAAAGAUGAUGAAAGAACUAGACAGUCUGCAUAAAGCUGAGGAAAGCCUGAUGGAAUUUCAAGCAAGACUGCAGAAAGCUCAAGAAGAAAACCGAACUGUUGAAGUGGAAAAGCAAAAUUUAGAACAAAAGAUGAAAACUGAAAUAAAUGAUGCCAAAAGGGAGGCGCAACGUCUGAGAGAAUUACGCGAGGGUUCAGAGACUGAACUCAGCCGGCUGAAAUAUGCAGAAGAGGAGCUUGUACAGGUUCGUGUGGCACUGAAGAAUGCAGAAAAGGAGUUGGAGGUUCGCAGUGCCUGGGCACUGCCAGAAACUUUGCAGAAAUGGUUGCAGCUUACUCAUGAAGUAGAGGUUCAAUAUUACAAUAUUAAGAAACAUAGUGCUGAAUUACAACUCAAUGCUGUAAAAGAGGAGGCAGAGAAGAUUAAGAAGAAGCGUAGCACAGUAUUUGGAACAUUCCAUGUGGCUCACAGUUCCUCUCUGGAUGAGGUUGAUCACAAAAUCCUGGGAGCAAAACAAGCGUUAUCUGAGGUGACAGCAGCCUUGCGUGAGCGGUUACAUCGCUGGCAGCAAAUUGAGAAAAUUUGUGGCUUUCCAAUCGUGCACAAUUCCGGAAUGCCGAGUCUGACCUCCGUUCUGUAUUCUGAGCACAGUUGGGUUGUCAUGCCUCGAGUCUCUGUGCCACCAUAUCCAAUAGCUGGUGGCGUAGAUGACUUGGAUGAAGAUACGCCACCAAUCAUUCCACAGUUCCACUUAGCUCAUAGUAAACUCAAUUACAAUUUACCAAAAAGCAGCAAUCAGGGACGCAGUCGGAGGACCAAUGUUAUUUCUUCUGGACUUCCAUCUUCCGUGCAGUCCUCUACUCCUGACAUCUUUGUAACAAAUAGCUAUUCGACCCUUCGUACUGAGGAAGAUGAAGAUGCCAUAUUCUUCACAGCUGACAGGAAUUGGGAUACACAAGAAGCCGCUUCAGACUGUGACUCGUCUUUUGGGUCUUUGAAUGGAAAGAAGUUGUUUCUCUUAUCAAACUCUGAGGCUGUAAGUGAUCCUUCACGUAACAUGUCCAAGACCUCCCUAGAUGACUUAUCUUUUGCUGAUUCACCUAUGAUCUCCGAGCAGGUAGCUACAGGCCCGGAUUCUGUGGGUCCAGCAGAUACCAAGAGUAUGAUUGUGAGCUCUCUGCUGGCCAGCAAGCCUGUUCGGAACGGCAUUGAGAAAUCCUACAGCAUGGGACAGCUAUCAGCUGCUCAGGACAGGCGUAUCUUAGAACUUUCCACAUCAAGUGAAAUUAGUACAAUGAGAGCUCAGAAAAGCAUAACUAAGAGACAAACAGCGUCCCAAGAGCUGUCUUCCUGUACAGACAGAGUUAAAAAAACAUCCAAAUUAAAAAAGAUCUUCAAGAAGAUGUCAAAAUAAUAGCCAAAGUGUGACAAUGGUGAAGCCUAAUACAUUGUAACAUCUGUUUACGAAAACUGCAUUUAGAUGUUACACAGAGGGCUUUGGUUUCUGCCCAAGUUACAGUUGUAGAAAUUAAUGUUGCACUAUUACUUUCCUGGUGGGGAAGGUACCUCUGAUUAUAUAGACAAUGUAUAAAGAUUUGUAGAGAAAUUAAGCAGAUUCUAUGUUUUUACUGUUACAUGUAGAGCUUUGGUAGGAUUUUUAAGAAUUCAGAUUUCUAAUGACUUAAAAGAGCAGUGGAAUUUCUAAGAACAAGAAUGCAAUCUUUUCUUGUGAGAUAAAUUUCUUACAGUUUUACAGACCUGGUGUACAGAUGAUUAAAAUGCCUGGCAGCCUCUGAGCUUUUCUUUCAUGCCUUGUCUUUGAACUGUGAAGAUUGGCAAAGGAGGCUGUUAAAGAUUACUACCAGCCUGCAAGCAAGCGCUAACAGUUUCCUUAUAAGCUCACCUCAUGUAGCAGCAGUGGGACCUGGCAAAAUACUGAACUUUUAAUUCAGGAUUUCUUGCAGAUUAGAAGUGAAAACUACUUCACCUGAACUUAAUAGACUUAAGGGUAGUUGGGGUGUUUGGAACUUCUGGAAUGUAUUAAAAGAAUAAAAUGAAGCAUUAUGAAACAA